AAGUGAUACGUCAUGUCUGCCUGCAAUUCCGAUUCACAUGCACUACAUUUCUAUCUGCCUUGAACGUGGCAAUUAAUCGCAUCAACCUCUCCGACCCCUACGUGAGACGCUUCGCCCUCAGCGCAAGCCACAGUCGCAAUAGUCAUGUCCACGCGACCUACUACCCCGCCUCUUCCUGCCUCCAACCCUCAAGCACAAUCACCUCUAACGCCCGAACAAGUAAGACGGAUAGAGAUCAAUCGCUUGAAGGCCAAAGCGCUGCGAGAGCAGCGCGAGUCAGAGGCAGCGAGCAAUGCGUCUCUCCAGAGAUCAGACUCUACGCCAUCGACAGCCGGUCAGAAGAGAUCCUUUGCUACAUAUUCCCAAGUUCCUGCGAGUAGUCGAGAUGCUCGAAAUGAGGCAAACCCAGAGCGACCUCUGGAUGCAAUCCAGCCGUCGCGCAACUUUGCCAAAUAUGUCGAGUACGAUUUCAGCAAGAUGACGGACACAAAGGGUGGGUUUCUGACAGCAGAUGAUGAUCCUCACAACAAAGCCCUUCAUACCCCCGAGCAGGAACAGAAGCCGUCUCAUAUGACUCAAAAGGAGUGGGAGAGACAGCAGCUACUACGAUCCCUGCGAAAUCAAAGGGCAGGCCCUUUUGAACCUGGAAUCAGUGCCGGUGCGGACGAAGCCACAAGGCCUUGUCGUGAAUGUGGUACUCGAGAGGUUGAUUGGAAAUGGCUCGAAGUCUUUGACAUUUCCGUCUGCAGCGCUUGCAAGGACAAAUACCCAGACAAAUAUAGCCUGCUCACCAAGACAGAAGCCAGGGAAGACUACCUACUGACAGAUCCGGAGCUGAAGGACGAAAAUUUAUUGCCUCAUCUCGAGAGACCAAAUCCUCACAAGUCAUCCUGGCACAAUAUGUUUUUGUAUCUUCGGUGUCAGGUGGAAGAGUAUGCCUUUUCAGACAAGAGAUGGGGAUCUGCCGAGGCGUUGGAUGCCGAAUUUGCUCGACGUGAAGUGGAAAAGAAACGACGAAAAGAAAACAAGUUCAAGACCAAGCUGGCAGAUCUCAAGAAACGUACGCGGGUCGAGGCGCAUCAACGAAGUCGUAAAGGCGGAGGAGGGAAUUUUGGGGACGACCUGGGUGAUGGGCAGCAUGAGCAUGAUUUUGGCCGCCCGAUUGACAAUCCCGAGACUGGAAUACCGGUCAAAAAGUGUACGAUAUGCGGCAUAGAGAUUGAAGAGCUUGACCUAUGAAUGUCAUCGUGUG